AAUUACACAACAAUACAAUCCUUUAUAAGAUGGUCCCCACAUUCCUUGAUGUUGUCUGUUACUUAAGAUUGGCUUUGCAAUCUUCCACACAGAUCUCAGAGAUGCAUGAUCAGAAGUACGAGCACUCGCAGACAUCGAACCUGCUGGCGAUCCUGAAAGAUAACUCCCUCGUGCGUGACAUUCUCUGGGAAAUUCAGAAAUCCGCAGACACGCAGGUUGGCCCCGGCAGCUUCUCGCGUAAACUGAACAUUAUUCCGGGGAAGACGCUUUAUAAAAAGUUGAGUGCCGCUUUGGCUCGACUACAGAUGAUGAUAAACCGGUUUCAAGACAGCGAGGCCGACAAGUCACUUACCCAGGACAGCAAAAAAAAUAUUGGCAUUAAACAGUCGUCGGAUACCUACAGGAGACCCAUUAAGUUACUCUCAGAUGAAUGGAUCGAGUGAGCGGAAUGCGUCAGUUGUUGGUCACCGUCGAUGAUAUGAAUCCGUGCAAAAAAAUAACUCUUGUGAGUGAUUUGUGUCAACAGUUUUCCUAAUCAAAGGAAACAACUAUAUUUAAACUACGAUUCGCCGUUUUGAGUCUGAACAUUAAAAAACUCAUAAACUUUCUGUUUUGCGCGCCACCUCCCCCCCACUCUAAAAUAAUCCAAGUUUUUUUUUAUUUCAACAUAUAACGGAGGGAAAAAGUAGUAAAAUAGGCUCAAAAUGCACACUUCGUAACACAAAUAACUACAGUUUUAAAGGGGGGGCCCCCACAUCUCCCUGCCAACAUUUCAAACCAUUCCACAUCCGGUUAAGAGGGAGGGACGAAUGUCAAAAGGUUGUGUCCCUAGGUUACGCCUCCUCUAAGGUCAAUUUCUAUAUCAGACCCUGAAGUCUGAAUACAAUGCCUCAUUGAAAACCCUCUGCAACGUUUGUAAUCUCAGAUUCAACUUCAGGAAUGAGUUAUUAAGUAUGUUAAAUACAACGCUAUGGAUGAAACUCGGAAUGUUUAUGUACAUAAAUUAUGUAAAUAUAAUUUUGACAAACAAUUUUCAUGUUUACAAAUGUAAUGUUAAUGUUAUACUAGAUCUUCAGCGAAUAUAUAUUAUAUUGAUACUUUCAUACUUAUUAUCAUCUAUUCGUAUUCAUGAAAUGUUUGAUAGUAGAAUUAUUUUUUGAGCUAUGCCAUUAUUUGUGUUUUGUUAUUAAUACUAUUAAAGUAUUAUUAUGUAUUAUUAUAACUAUAUUUUAUACAUUCAUGUGCAAUAAACGGUUGUUAAAGCAAUAUUGCUUAAAAUCUAUGUAAAUGUACAUUUUUGUAUUAAUAAAUUUAUUCAAUUUG